AUGGCAUCCUCCAAGACCUUCACCCGCGAGGAGGUUCGCUCGCACACCACCGACGAGUCCCUCUACUGCAUCAUCGACAGCACCGUAUACGACCUCACCGAAUUCGUCGAUGCCCACCCCGGCGGCGAGUCCGUCCUGCGCCAGGUCGCCGGCCAGGACGCGACCACCGCGUUCUACAACCUCCAUCGCCAUGAAGUCCUCUCCAAGUACAGCGACCUCGCCAUCGGCACGAUUGAGAACGAGAAGCCCCAAGUCAUAACCCCCCAGCCCGGCGACCUGAGCCCCGUGCCCUACGCUGAGCCCCUCUGGCUGUCGCCGCCCUUUAGAAGCCCCUACUUCAAGGACUCGCACCGUCGCCUCCAGCGCGCCCUCCGCGAGUUCGCGCAGAAGCACCUGUACGAAGAGGCCUGGAAGAACGAGGCCAGCGGGGAGUACAUUAGCCAGGAGACCAUCGAGCGCAUGAGCAAGGCGGGUCUGAUGCACAUGCGCAUGGGACCGGGCAAGCACCUCCACGGCGUCGAGCUGCUGGGCGGCGCGGUCAAGGGAGAAGAGUAUGACUACUUCCACGACCUCGUCAGCGCGCAGGAGAUGGCGCGGAUCAUGGCGCGGGGUGCGCAGGACGGCAAUAUGGGUGGCAUGACGAUCGGGCUGACGGCGGUGCUCAACUUUGGCAACGACCCCGUGUGGAAGCAGAAGAUUGCCGACGAGGUGUUCAGUGGCAAGAAGAAGCUCUGCCUGGCCAUCACGGAGGCCUUUGCAGGGUCGGAUGUCGCUGGCCUGAGGACCACGGCUACCAAGACCCCUGAUGGGAAGCACUAUAUCGUCAAUGGAACGAAGAAGUGGAUCACCAACGGCACAUUCUGCGAUUAUUUCGUCACGGGCGUCAAGACUGACAAGGGACUGAGCGUCUUGCUCAUCGAGCGUGGCGAGGGCGUCGAGACCAAGCCCAUCAAGACUUCGUACUCGCCCACCGCCGGUACGGCUUACAUUACUUUCGAUAACGUCAAGGUCCCCGUGGAGAACCUCCUCGGCAGAGAAAACAAGGGCAUCGAAGUUAUUCUCAGCAAUUUCAACCACGAGCGCUGGGUCAUGAUCUGUGCUUCGAUCAGUGCCAGCAGGAAGAUCGUAGAAGAGUGUCUGAAAUGGGCAAACCAACGCUUGGUCUUUGGAAAGCGGUUGAUCGACCAACCCGUCAUCCGUCUAAAGCUUGCCAAGAUGAUCUCCCUAGUCGAGGCCAACCAAGCCUGGCUCGAAACCAUCACCUACCAGAUGUGCCAUAUGCCAUACAAACAGCAAGCCCGCCAUCUCGCCGGCCCCAUUGCCCUCCUCAAGCAGAGCGCUACGCGGGCGGCGCACGAGGUCGCAGAUGAGUCGGUCCAGAUCUGGGGCGGUCGCGGUAUCACCCAGACGGGCAUGGGCAAAUACAUUGAGAUGUUCAACCGGACUUAUAAGUUUGAUGCCAUCUUGGGUGGUGCUGAGGAAGUCCUGGCCGACUUGGGUGUGAGACAGGCUAUGAGGGACUUCCCGAAGGCGAUGCUGUAG